AAAUCCAAUCUUGGGCGAAGAUUAGAUAGAUAGAAAGAAAUGGGUCUGGAUUCAGUGAAGAAGUACUUACAGCAAGAUGGAAAUCGGCUAAGCGGCGACGUUAUAGAUGGUAUGCCACCAAAAUUCAUCGAGCCCUUCAUCAUGCAAGGUCUUCAUCUCGAUCUUGUAGAGGCUGGACGAAUCGUCUGCUCCAUGAAAGUACCCCCUCGUUUGUUGAACACUGGGAAUUUCUUGCACGGAGGAGCUACUGCUGCUCUUGUUGAUGUGGUUGGUUCGGCUGUUAUAUGCACCGUCGGUACAUUUCACACCGGAGUUUCUGUUGAGAUCAGUGUUUCAUACUUGGAUUCUGCUUAUGUUGGUGAAGAGAUUGAGAUAGAAGCGAAGACAUUACGGGUUGGGAAGGCCAUUGCUGUUGUUACUGUUGAGUUCAGGAAGAAACAGAGUGGGAAGAUUAUUGCUCAGGGUCGUCAUACUAAAUACCUUGCUGUGGCUAGUAAAAUUUGAAAAUUACAGCAAUGUUAUAUAGAUUCUUAAAGAAUUAAUAAUAUAUCUUAUUGUCUCAAAUACUAUAUAAUUUCGAUCGUUAUUUCA